AUGGAUGACAAGACAACUGUCACCACGCUCACAACUGACAUGGAGGAAACAGAUUGGUUUGGCUCUCUAGGUGCUGAUUUCAAGAGUAUUGCUACUUUCUUUCAGGACACGGCACAGCCAGUGGUUGGUGGAGUUGCGUCUUUAGUUCAGCAGACUGCGUUGUCCGUAGCUGCAGAGAUCGCAGAUUGGGAAAGAGAACAGCAAGAAAGCAAUGCUUGGCAAGGUCUUGGUGAAAGUAUAUCCUCCAUUGAUGAUCAGAGGCCUUUGUUAUUGCCAUGGGAAGUGAGGAAGUGGUCUGAUGAUGAUCAUGAAAAGAAAUCAAUGAUUGUUCUUGAGGACGAAGAGUUAAGGAAGGACAUCAUGAACUUGAGCUCAAAUGAGAGCACCUUUCUUGAACCAUUCACAUCAUUCACUGAUAGCAAUCCAAAUGAGGAAAGGUUUACGCUCGAUGACAAUCGAAUUUCCUUGAUCCAACGUCUUUUUGAAGCAGACGAGUCCUUAGUCGCAGCUCACACAAGGAUUUCAGGACGAAAAGGAUUCAACGAGUUAGUAUUUUGGAAAAAUUACUUUUUCAACUGUCAAAAGUUACGCUGUAAAAAAAUCGGUGAUUUGACAAUGUCGCAUACUUGUUUGGAAUCGGACGCAGUAUUAGCACUCGGAGUUCAAGACGAUGGAAAUACAUUGCCCUUAUCUGAGCAUGAUGGACCACAGGUGAUUUCAGAAACGACAAAGGAUGACGAUUCGUUUGUCCGAAUUGCUUCUGCUCCGAACAGUCUCAACACGAUUAUCAGCACAAAAUCAUUGGAAGAUAUGGUUCUGGUUAGAAGCGACAGCCAUCUUGGGAAGUAG